AUGGUGCUGAUGCCAGAAACUCCCAAAUUUCUUAUGAUCUCAAGGCAAAAUCCAACGGCUGCAAUGAAAUCUCUCAGAUUCUACCAGGGUGAUCGUGAAGGUCUAGAAGAAGAAUUGGCAAAUCUCCAGUUGGAGAGCAAGGACACUGACGUAAAAGAACCUGAAGGAGGGAUUAAGGCAGUUCUUACUACCAGACAUCUGCGAGGCGCCUUUGCAAUCUCCGUUGCUGUACUUAUUCUCACCUUACCAUUCUAUCCUAUCCUACAAAACAGCACUUAUUUCUUCACACACCUUGAAGUUCCAAACAACAUCGCCCAGCUGUCGUCCUCUUUGAUGAUGGUGCUCCUCACAUGCUCAUGCGUGACAUCUACGUGCAUCGUUGACAAGCUUCCCAGAACGGUCAUCGGUGCAGUCUGCUUUGUGCCCAUCUACAUCGUUCCCUGCUCACUAGCUCUAACCUACGUCUACAUCUUCCUUCCGGAGACCAAAGGUCGUGAAACUAUCGAUAUUGUGAACGAGCUGAAAGGCUUCACGAAGAAAACUGAUGUCGUGAACGCUUGA